AAACAGACCAGUGCUGAUGUUGAUAGACAAUUUUCAUUGCGUUCAUGGUACUGCUAUUGAAUUACAAUAGUGAAGUACAUGCACAAAUCAAUUUCGCAAACCGGUUUUGUUAAUUCCUCGCAUUACAUGCACAAAUUACGAAUCAACUCAGUGGACACUGUGUAACUGUAUUUAUUAAUCAACUACUAGAAUUCAAUAUAACCGUCUGAUUGUAUAUCUGUUGUAAAGAUAUUCCGGAUGUAUAGCACGGACGAUAAACGUAAUCUCUGCCAAGAGGAAGCAGAUUCUAGAACCACUGAUCUGUCACAACAGCAUGCGUCCUACCCUCGAGCACCACAAUACCAGUAUGGCACCCAGGCUCCUCCUCAUGAUCAACAGACCUACUGCUACCCAACCCAACCUGUUGCUCCUCCACCAAGUGUGCUUCCUUACGACCUCGAUCAGGUGAUGGUAGUCCCGUUCGUACCUCGAAAUAGGGGUGUGUACUCUCCCAAAUCACUUACCCUGGCAGUCAUCCUCUGCAUCCCAAUCCUUGGUCUGUUCGGAGCGCAUCACUUCUACCUUAACAACAUGCUGCUUGGUGGUCUCUACUGCAGUACCAUGGGUAUCUUUGGUAUCGGAUGGGUUGUGGAUUGGUUCAGGAUCCCGUGGCUCGUUAAGAGGUGCAACCAAGAUAUGAAGGAGGCGCACGAGAAGGGCCAUUGGCUGUUCUCUAUCAAUAGAUUCAUUGGUCCUCUUACGAAGAUCUCCUUGAUCGAUGCAUACCUCAUGUGGCUGCCCCCCAUGGGCUUAUUUGGAAUUCAUCACUUCUAUCUUGGACGCACCCGUUAUGCCGUGUUCCAAACCUUUACCUUUGGCUUGAAUGUGAUUGGAUGGACUGUUGAUCUGUUUCGGAUGCCGUGGCUAGUCCGCAAGGCCAACGAGGAUGUUACCAAGAUGAAAGCUGGCACCAAGGUCGAAGACCCGUCAUACUCACUCAUGGAUGCCUAUCUUAUGGCUGUUCCUCUAGGGCUGUUCGGAAUUCACCAUUUCUACCUUGGUAACACCAGGCGAGGUAUCCUCUUCCUCUGCACGUUUGGAGUCUUUGGUCUGGGAUGGCUAGCAGACCUUUUCCAAAUGCCACUGAUCGUCUCUGAAGCGAACAAGGAAAGGCAGCUCCGGGAACGACUGAAUGGAGCACUCACCCAUCAGCAAAAUCAAGCGUCCGCAACGACUGUGGUUGUCGUACCUGCUGGAGAUAGAUACCAAGCCACAGCCGGUUACCUCAUUGAGCAACCUCCAGCUUACUCAGCCCGAGAUACAACCGAAUAUAUCGCCGGACCAAAAUAAUCACGAUCUUGCUGUACAAAACGUGCAAUUACCACCACAAAAUUGCUACAACUCGAU